AAUAAAGAGAGGAGAGGAGAGGAGAGGAGAGGAGAGGAGAGAAAUGAGGAGAUAAUAAUUAACAGGUCUGAACUUUAAAAUGUCUACAGAUUAUUUACAGCUUCACUACCCCUCUCUUGCCUUGCAAAAACAAACAAACAAACAAAUAAAUAAAUAAAUAAAUAAUACAUCCAGUAUAAUUAUAUUUCAAAAACUUUUCUUCAGUGUAUGUUUAUGAUUUUAUAGAAAUAUAAUGACAUGCUACUAUUAAUCAAGAAAAACCGCUGUAGAUAUUUUUGGUUGUACAUUUAUAACUAUUAUGCAAUCGUACAAAACAUUCUUUGUUCAGUAGGUCACGUGUUUCCGCCCUUUGAACUAUGCGGGAAUGAGACGCACAAGCAGACGCUCAUCAUCACAAACAUGAGCUGAGAGAACAAAUCCAUCUACUGGUUCGAUCCAGUGCUGAGGGCUGUGAGGUGUCAGUGCUGUUCUGGAGAGUUAAUUAAACCCUGCUGCCCCUCAGUUCCUCGUCAGACGUGUCUCAGGGCUUCAGGCUCAGGGGGCUGUGUAUCUCCUUCUGAGUGAUGAGGUAUUUACGAGGCAGCACGAGCGCCGGGCGAGAGACAGACAGAUUGCAGCUCCGCCGGCACGUGGAGGAAGACGAGAAACAGUAAAGGACAGCGAAAGAGAGGACGAUGCACUCCACAGACUGCAUCCACAAAGUGCCAAAAAGGACAACAGGAGAAAACGGAGCAACCCAAGACAAGAGCUGGAUCGUCCCGCAGAAGUAAGUGUGCCCAAAACACCUCGGAGGAAUUGCCACUUAAUUUCCAGAAGUUCAAGUCUAGGAGAACAAAGUUUACCAGGGCGACUGGAUGCUGCUUGUAGAAGGACAUGCGUGUUAUUCACAUGCACGUGAAUUACAGUUCAUUUUGUCUGUUUUUAAAUCUAAGUCAUGAGUUAAAUUCUGGUUAAAAAGGACACGAAUCACAGAUGAUUUGGGGGGAAUUGCAUGCAUUUUGAGCGUUUAAGAUAAUGGAGCUCAGCAUUGAUCCGGACACCCUUCUGUCCGUUCCGGGUAAGACUGCAAACGUCUCCGCUUCGUCGCCUUUCCUUAAACAGAGUCACGCAAGCGGGUUUAAGAAAGUGUGUCGGAUCGAAGAGGAAAGCACGUGUCCGUUCCCCGGCCUUCCCUCAGGAGUGCUGGAGAUGAGGGUGAAGGAGGGCAGCAAGAUACGCAAUCUCAUGGGUUUCGCCAUGACACGCAUGCAGAGCGACCCCCGGGACGCCGGUCAAACCGGACUGAGACAGGUAGUGUUCACCGGGUCCGGACGAGCCGUGACCAAAACCAUCACGUGUGCCGAGAUCAUGAAGAGAAAGCUUGGCGGCCUCCAUCAGAUGACCAAGCUGCAGUACAAGGGUCUGCGCGAGGUCUGGGAGAGUCAAGAGGGAGGCGAUUCGGAGGUGACCGUCCACCGGACGCUUCCCUCCAUCAGCAUCCUGCUCUCCAAAGACCCUCUGGACCCUCAGGAACCGGGCUACCAGCCUCCGGAGAACGGCUUGUGGGACGAGAGGAAUGGAGGAGAAGCUUCGCAGACGGCGGAGAAACGAUCAGCAGACUCGUCUGAGUCUCUGACAGAGCCACGGGCGAAGAGAGUCUGUCUCUGAGGAUCAUUAAAGACCGAAACUCUCUCGGAAACAGCCUGACUGACUUUCACAACCAAAUACACAUGCACAUCCCAUCACAGUCUUGAUUUAGGAGUUUACAUCCAGGUUUUGAGCAUGCAAUUUAAUUCUUAGAUAGAAUCAGACAAGCGUUCCCUGGAAAUGCAUGAACUGAUUCACAUGCAUAUAUGUAAUAAACAUGAUUUUAAAAAAAAAACAUUUUGAAGCAGAACCACGUUCUUUGGUUAAAACCGGUCCGAUGCAUGCAAACGUCUCAGAUGGGCAUCAGAGUGAGAUGGAGUGAUGCUGUGUUGUUUUAUUAGAGAGCUGACCCAACCCACAAAUACACAUCACAUCACAGUCUUGAUCUUAAAUCCAGGUUUUGAGCAUGCAAUUUAAUUUUUAGAUGUAAUGAGACGAGUGUUCCCCGGAAAUGCAUAAAAAAUAGAAUGCAGUUGGAAAAUGCAUACAUUUGCUAAAUGCACAUAAGUGCAAUUAAAACAUUAGUAAAAGCAUUUAUGUAAAAAUAAAGGGGCUUCUCGAUGCAACCUUUGUUGUCUAAACGGUUCCAUAAAGAACCUCAAACAUCUGAAGAACCUUUCAGUUUCACAAAAGGUUGUUUGUGGCGAAAGAAGGUUCUUCAGAUUAUAAAAAGGUAAGAAAGAAAUGCAUCUUUGAAUCAAACGUUGUUCUUCUAGCAUCGCUGUGAAGAACCUUUCAAACACAUUUAUUUUUAAGAGCGAGAAGCGCAAACGGCUCAAAUGGGCUUCAGAGUCAGAUGGAGAUGAUUUCAGAUGCUUCAUAAAGUCUCGUGUUUCUGGAAAGAUUUGUUGUUUUAUUAGAGAGCCGGUAAAACCUUGUUAAGAUGCAGUUUGAGAUAGGAGUGUUUUCAUUGUAUUAUUCAUUACCCACAGUUCUUCAGAGCUCCAGUGUGCAGUUUCUGUGCAAAUCAACUGUUUGCUCCUCAUGCUUUCUCUUUGGUUUUAACCACACAGAAAGUGCCACCUGUGCAACUUUCCCGAGACGAGUUCAAACGCUUUCAUCCGGACAAAUAGAGCGGCACGUCGUAGUACAGCACCAGAUCCUGAUAAAUGUCUUUUGAGGGAUUUAUUUGAGGGACGGUUGAUUUAAUUACAUUCACCCUGAUAAGCUUCUACCUGCAGACUGAACUAAACUGCACCGCAUUACAUAAUGUCACCAUCAUAAUGCGCGAUUGCAUUUCUGAGAUGAGUAAUCUUCUGGAAAAGCAAACAUCUAGUCUGGCAGAAUGUUUGUGAGACGGAAAAAGCAAUUUCCAUCUUAAGGAGUAGAAAAACGUUUUGUGACAGGCAGAGCUUUUUCAGUAAACAUCAUGGACCUUGUGCAUGCUUUAAAAUGGGAGUAUUAUUUCUUCAAAGUCAACAUGAAAGUGGCUUAUUCCCUUCUGUGUAUUGAAAUCUUUCAUUAAAAUCAAUUGCAACAUGCAAAAUAAUGCCAUCAGACAACUUUUCCAUCAGCUCUCAAUGUUCUGUUGGAAAUGCAUCAUAUUAAAUCAUUAAAAACUAAUGCUGAAUUCAUUCAGAAUUACAGAUUAUGGUGAUUUUUUUCUCUGUUGCACCAUGAAACAAACAUUUAUUGACAUGAUUUUUAAAUAUUGAGUUUUCCCAAAACAAUGUUUUGGUAUUUGUACUGAAAAACUAGAAUAAUAAAAUAAUUUUUUGCAAUGUCAUCUUCAUGCAACACUUUUAUAAAUGCAUCUUUGAAAAAAAAAAAAACAUUAAAAGAAC